AGCGUUGGUGGUAAUUGGACAGGAAUUAAAAACAUAAAGGAGGAAGAAGAGGAAAAGAAGCCAACUGUCGCUCGUCUUUUCUCCAACAAGAAAAUGGAUACGCGGUUCACUCGAGGGAAAUCCAACAUCUUGGAGCGGCCCCUAACCCGACCCAAGACUGAGGUCAGCGUGAGCGCUUUCGCCCUCCUCUUCUCAGAGAUGGUCCAGUACUGUCAGAGCCGCGUGUACUCCGUGUCAGAGCUGCAGACGCGGCUGGCAGACAUGGGCCAGAGCGUGGGCGCCAGCAUGCUGGACGUGCUGGUGCUGAGAGAGAAGAACGGGAAGAGGGAGACCAAAGUGCUCAAUAUGCUGCUUUUCAUCAAGGUGAACGUGUGGAAGUCUUUGUUUGGGAAGGAGGCUGACAAGCUGGAGCAGGCCAACGAUGACGACAAGACUUAUUACAUCAUAGAAAAGGAGCCCCUUAUCAACGCGUACAUCUCCGUGCCCAAGGAGAACAGCAGCUUGAACUGCGCCGCCUUCACUGCAGGGAUCGUGGAGGCCAUCCUCACACACAGCGGCUUCCCCGCUAAGGUCACCGCCCACUGGCACAAGGGCACCACGCUAAUGAUAAAGUUUAACGAGUCAGUCAUAGCCAGGGACAAAGCUCUGGACGGCAGAUAAGGAAGAGCGGAGAGAGUGGGUGGUUAUGUUCGUCAGUACAGCCUAGUGUUUGUUCCUGACUCAGUUUCAUGGUGCUGAAUUGUGAGACGGGAUGACUUAAUGGAUUUAAAUGGAUGACUGCACCAUACUGAGCCACGUCUAGAGCAGAAAACAUGCAGCUAGUUGGUUCAACCCUUCUUAUGUGGAUCAUCUCACUCCUGUCAUACCUCAUGACGACAGUUUACUUAAAAUCACUUUUAAUGUGUAGUUUCAUGUCACAUUGUUACAGAUCAUCAUUUGGGUAUUUUCAUUUGUAAUUCUGAUUUUUGAGUCCACUAGGUUAGUUAAAUUUAAAAUAAUGUCACCAUUGGCUUGUGGAAAUUGUGAUGGCCCUUUUACACUGUUUUACACUUUUAUGGACAACACAAUGAAUAAAAAAACAACAGAUUCACAGAAUGAAAGGAAUUGUGAUGUGUAGGCAAUUGCCUCAAGUGAAACUGAAUAAAAAUAAACCACUUAGGCUGCAUUCACACCAAAUAAGGCAAUGUGGCGAAACUCAAGUCCACCAAUUAAUUUGAGUGGAGGUGAUGGGUUUGGGAUGGGGCUGUUGACAACAAGAAAGUCUUUGCAUGUCUAGCUGCUGUAAAUGAAUGAAGCUGCCUUCAUGUUAGGGCUGGGCGAUAUGGACCAAAAGUCAUAUCCCGAUAUAUUUAGGCUGAAUAUUGAUAUACGAUAUAUGUCCCGAUAUUUUUUUCGCAAAGUGAGAGCAUAUGUUCAGUCAAAGUCAAAGCCAAAUAUGACUUGUCACAAGUAGUUAUUGAAACCAUUUAUUUAAAUGAACAUAAAAUACUUCAUAACAACAGGAGUACCUGUUUUUCAAAAUUAAAGCUCCAUGAAGCGCACAUUUUAAUAAAAAAAUAUCUUAAAUAAAAGCCGCAGCUUGCCUGGAGCAAGGAUCACAGAGCAAAUAUCACAUUUAAAAAUAUAUACUUAAAAAUAUAUAGAUAUAUCGCACAGCCCUACUUCAUGUGCAGUUGGAAAUGUCCAGGUCAUUAAAAAAGCUGUCCACCUGUGCUGCAUUUUGGGGUAAAAUUCACAACAUGAUGUCACACAAAUGGGCCAUUUAAAUGACACUGUAGCACAAUCCUGUGUAUCACCGCAUCACCUUAUUUGGUGAGAAUGCAGCCUAAACCAAUCAGAGCAUGUUUGGUUUAUUCUAUGGUAAUAAAGAUUAAUGUCACAACGCCCUUUUUUAAAGUGACAAAUAAUUUUUUUUGGUCCAGACUUGAGAUUUUUUCUCAAAAGUAUUUUCUCUGUUUCAUUCCAGUUCAACUCCAGCUGCAUGUUUCAACUCUGUAAAAUUGAUUGAUGAUGAAGGCCAUAGCUACCAUUGAUGGCACUGAGGUCAUGUUCUCACCAUCUUAAUUUUAUGAAAUUUUGUGUAUUUCUAUUUUGUG